GGAGGAGCUCAUAAGCUUACCACUAUCACAGAAGUCAUGCCUCUUGGUUCUUCUUCAAGCUUUUUGAUUCUAGUACUCCUAGUAUUAUAAAAAAAUAUAUUUUAUAAAUCUACUCUGCGUUAUAAAAAAAGAUGAAAACACGUAGUAGCUGUGUGGGUAAGAUCAAAGGGGGUUUCUCGAUCAGUUUCAUAUUCAGAUGCAUCAGAGUUCUCAUUAACAGAUCUGUUUCUUUCUCCAUAUCUGGUUAAACAAUUUUCUUUCGAAUUUUUACUUUUUUUUUUAACAUAUAUAGAUUCUCGCUGUAUCUAUAUCUUGAGUGUUUGUGAGAAGUUAAUUAUAUGAAAUUUUACGCAUUAUUGUUCAUAUAUAUCAAAAAAAAAUGUCAAGAAAGCCAUGUUGCGUCGGAGAACGCUUGAAGAAAGGAGCAUGGACCACCGAGGAGGACAAGAAACUCAUCUCUUACAUCCACGACCACGGAGAGGGAGGCUGGCGCGACAUUCCCCAAAAAGCUGGGUUGAAGCGGUGUGGAAAGAGUUGUAGACUGCGAUGGACCAAUUACCUUAAACCUGAGAUCAAAAGAGGCGAGUUUAGUUCAGAGGAAGAGCAGAUUAUCAUCAUGCUUCAUGCUUCUCGUGGCAACAAGUGGUCGGUCAUAGCGAGACAUUUACCUAGAAGAACAGACAAUGAGAUCAAGAACUACUGGAACACGCAUCUCAAAAAACGUUUGAUCGAACAGGGUCUUGAUCCCGUGACUCACAAGCCACUAGCUUCUAGUUCCAACCCUACGGUUGAUGAGAAUUUAAAUUCCCUAAAUGACUCUAGUUCCGACAAGCAGUACUCCCGGUCAAGCUCAAUGCCCACUCUGUCUCGUCCUCUUCCAUCCAGUUGCAACAUGGUUUCCAAGGUCUGCGAGAUUAGCAGCAAUGAUGGGACACCGGUGCAAGGCAGUUCCUUGAGUUGCAAGAAACGUUUCAAGAAAUCGAGUUCUACAUCAAGGCUAUUGAACAAAGUUGCGGCUAAGGCCACUUCCAUCAAAGAUAUAUUGUCGGCUUCCAUGGAAGGUAGCUUGAGUGCUACUACCAUAUCACAUGCAAGCUUCUUUAAUGGCUUCACUGAGCAGAUUCACAAUGGAGAGGAUAGUUCUAACACAUCCCUGACAAAUACUCUUGCCGAAUUCGAUCCCUUCUCCCCAUCCUCGUUGUACCCCGAGCAUGAGAUCAAUGCUACUUCUGAUCUCAACAUGGACCAAGAUUACGAUUUUUCACAAUUUUUCGAAAAAUUCGGAGGAGAUAACCACAAUGAGGAGAACAGUAUGAAUGUAGAGUACAGUCAUGAUCUCCUUAUGUCCGAUGUUUCCCAAGAAGUCUCAUCAACUAGCGUUGAUGAUCAAGACAAUAUGGUAGGAAACUUCGAGGGGUGGUCAAAUUAUCUUGACCAUACUAAUUUUAUGUAUGACACCGACUCAGACUCGCUCGAAAAGCAUUUCAUAUGACUCUUCAUAUCCAGACAGAAAGGUUUCAAUCUAUUCGACGACGUAACUAUGGUUCUGUAUCCAAGGUUAGUCUCGCUCGAACGAGAUGGUGUGUAUGUAUUUAAUAUUUGGGUUGUUUAGUAUAUGUCCAAGGCCUCAUGGUUUAAUUACGAUGUUAAUUAAAUAAGGGUUUAUCUCAGGCUUCCCCUAAAAUAAAAUAAAAUUGGGUUUGAGUUAGGGUUUCUCUUACAUUGAGAACCAUGCAUGUAACCUCGCGAAUCAAUUAGUAAUUGAUUUGCGCGGGCCACGAUGUUUUAUACUAAUAUAUUUAUUAAUAAAGCUUGUUUUAUUUCUCUUA